AUGUGGAAGAUCUGGAUGCGGCGAGGCCUCAUCUCGGAAGGCACCCGUGUGCGGCUGUACAAGUGCUACGUGCUCCCGGUCCUUUUGUACAACUGCGGCACUGUGUCGUCUGCUCGGGAUCUUCCACCCGAACACGCUUUUGCCGACGUCGCGCUCUACAAACGCUGCGACAGCGAGCCGUUGAGUACGAUCGUGACCGCCAACGUUGGCGCCUUCUAG